AGAUUAACAAAGGGCUUAUUGCAAACUUUAAACUACGGGUUUAUAUUCCUUGAAAUUACAUGGACUAAAGUGAGAAUCGGCAAAAACAUUAGCAGCUCGCUUCCAUCCAUGUCAUGGGGGGACCUUCCAUCCCAUCAUCAUGUUUAGCCACAGCACUUUCCUGUUGUAUGAGCAUCUGUAAGGGUUAGUGUGUGCUAUUAGCACAAGUUAGUACCUCAGAUGGCCAAUUCACCAUGGAGCGAAUUCCUUGAGAGACCUCAAAUGGUGGAAAGAUAGAAAAUUUUGUACUUCUGCUCUUGGGCAUGAUUAGCCAGGUGAAGAUGAAUCUGGAUCCAGUCACCCCAACUAUCCUCUUCCUACAGAAGCUCCAAGUAUGUUAAGUGCUAUAUUCAGUCCUUGUGAUUGGCCCUUUUUGGGCAUUUAUUUAUGCAACACCAGAAAAGCACGGCCGUUGAAUCUGAUAUUAACUUGUGCAAUUAAAUUGUUCAAACAAAUGAUCCUGAUAUAAAAGGCAUGCCUAACUAUUCCACUUUCCUCUCUUUAAUUUUGGCUGAAAUAGUUGCUACACUCUUUGGAAAGAGUUAUAUUAGCCAUCAAUACUUACCAACUACUGGUACAUUCUUAAACCCAUCAACUACUGCAGCUCACGAAAACAAAACGACACUACGUCCAAAUAGAUAAACCCAACCAAUUAGUUUAUAGCUAUUCCAAACCAGAAAGAAAAGAGAAGAACAAUGUUCUGCAGUUUUUCAAUGAACUGGUGCUCCAGCAACAAGUGCCAGUUUGUAUGAGAUGGUUCGAAGUCAUACAAUUGAACCCCAAAUGCUAUCGUGCCGGUGCAAGACAGAGAAGACCAAGAGGACGAUUAUUGCUGGCCUAAAUUCAGAUACCUGCAGUAGAGAAAUGCUGCUUGGAUUGCUCACUUCUGUUGUUAAACCAGAAGACACUGUGAUAGCUAUUCAUGUUGAAGAAACAGAUGUUACAUUUGAUCCGAACACUUUCCACAUUCAUGAAGAUCUCUGCAAGUCCAAGAAGGUAGAUUUCCAAAUAAAGGUCUGCAUAGGAGAUUCAUACAUUUCGGAAUUAACUUACCAAGUUAGAGUCAGCUAUGCUACAAUCCUUGCACUUGGUUGCAGCUCUUCAGGGCUCAAUGUUUCAGCUACCAGUGCUUGCCUGAAAGGUUUACCUCCUUCAUGCAUACUUCUGGUAAUGAAUAGUGUUGGAAGAAUCUUAUUUCAGAGGGAGGGAACUUGCCAACAAGGUUCUGUAAAGGUAGCCCUGCCCCUGCAAUCUUCUCAGUCAUUUUCUUCAGUGUACGCUUGUUAUAAUCAGUCAAACACCAACCGGAAAUUGCACAAGUCAUUGACAAUACCAUCUGCUCCUCCCGUAUCAUCAAUUCGGCGAAUUACUAGAAGGGCACUCUCUUCUGCACAUAAAACAGUGGAGGUUUCCGAUUUUGUGGCUCAAAAGCUGUUUCAUAGAUUGGGACUACUAGAAGCAGAAGGAUCCAGCAGGCAUUUCGCCUCCCAAGAGCUUCGCUAUGCAACUAAUAAUUUCAGCUCUGACAUGGUGAUUGGAGAGGGUGGACAUAGCAAGGUGUACCGAGCCACUCUUGAAGAUGGUCGAGCUGCAGCUGUGAAAGUCCUCAAAACCACACACCAUUCAGUUAGUGAUCUUUUCCGCGAAGUAGAUUUUCUAUCUAGUAUGAAUCACAAGAACAUUGUUCAGAUAAUUGGGUUCUGUGAUAGUGGAGAGAUGCUUGCGAUUGUGUAUGAUCUUUUACAUGGAAGCUUGAGGAGGAAUUUGAGACAACUAAGGUGGAGUGAGAGGAUGAAGGUUGCAAUUGGUGUGGCAAAAGCUUUGGAGUACCUUCAUCAUUCUCACAACCCUCCCAUCAUUCAUAGGGAUGUCAAGUCUUCUAACAUUCUCCUCUCCCAUGAUUGUGAACCAAUAUUGUCCGAUUUUGGAGCAGCAAUGGUACUUCGUCAAUCUCAGCAUGCAGAUGCGCCAUUUGAUGUUGUUGGGACGUUUGGAUACUUAGCCCCAGAGUACAUGAUGUAUGGCAAGGUUGAUGAGAAGAUAGAUGUGUACUCAUAUGGAGUGGUGCUUCUAGAACUCAUUACUGGGAAAGAGGCUAUUCAAACCGACCAGGAGAUUCGAGAAAGCUUAGUCCUUUGGUCUUUGCUCAUUGACUUGCAGGCAAGGUCCCUAUUGAGCUGUGGCAUAUGCGAACGUCUUAUUGAUCCUUACUUGUCUGAGGACUACAACAAGGAAGAGAUGGAAGUAAUGAUGGUAGCUGCACGCCUCUGCCUUAUGCAUUCAUCUUCUAGAAGACCAACCAUGAAAACAAUACUUAGGCUGUUUGAGGAGCCAGAUCACUGGUUAAGGAUGCAGAGAGAAAGAGACGAGUUUCUGAAAGGGACAAAAUCAAAAGAUGAUUCAGCCCUGUUUUGACCUGAAAGCUCAAUUAUGUAACACAGUUCAAUGUUUGUUGAUCACUUUGACUUCACCAUGUGGUCCACAGAAGCAACGUCCUGCAAUAUCGCCGUACAUAUACACAGAUAUGUAGCAAAAGUUUAUUGUUGAAAAAUGUAGAAUGAAUAAGACAAUUAUAAAAUCUCUGCUUGGUCU